UAUUGAGCUGGUUUCUGUUGUAGGCCAGAAGCCCCUAGAAAUAGUUGAAUUACCACUUUACGUCUUAAGCCCAGCGCAGAGUAAUGAGCAAUUGAAUGGCUUGUGUGGAAGGUAAACUUCCUGAACUCAUGGGCUGUCACCGACUUACUGCAGUAACAAGGUCACAGGAAAGUAAAGAAAGAGGUUGAGCCCUCCAAAGCCUCCGAGAGGGAAAGAUAGACAAGUGGCUAUGGGGUCUUUACUCGGGGUGAGCAGCUGGUAUGGAUCUGUACAGAUUCGGUGGUAUAAUUACAGAAGCUUUAUCUUUCUGCUAUGGAUUUUUCAGCUCUCUUCAAGUGCUUGGGGUCUUGCCAACUGCCAGCUCUAUGCCGUAGACACUGGGGGCUACACAGAUAAAUCAGAGCCUGACCUCACUGGCUGUUCAUUAUCUAGGGGUCACAAAUACCUGCAGCCCAAGAGAGAGAACACCAGUGUCCCAUGUUCGGUGGCCCCAGAAAAGUCAGUGUGGAGGCCUCAGCCACCCCAGGUCCGACGUACAUUCUCUCUGGACACCGUCCUCAGUUCCUACCUUCUGGGCCAGUGGCCACGAGAUGCCGAUGGGGCCUUCACCUGCUGUACCAAUGACAAGGCCACCCAGACACCCCUCUCCUGGCAAGAGCCAGAAGGUGAGCGGGCCAGCUUCUGCAUGCACAAGCGAUCAGCAUCGUGGGGCAGCACAGACCACCGAAAAGAGAUCACCAAGUUGAAGCAACAGCUGCAGAGGACGAAGCUGAGCCGCAGUGGGAAGGAGAAGGAGCGGAGCUCCCCUGUCCAAGGGGACCACGCUGUUCGGGGAAUGGUGAGGGCACCCCUUCCCAGCUUCCCCCCAGGGUCCCCUGUCCUGCGACUCAGCCCUUGCCUGCACAGAAGCCUGGAGGGGCUCAACCAGGAGCUGGAAGAGGUGUUUGUGAAGGAGCAGGGUGAAGAGGAGCUGCUGAGGAUCCUUGAGGUCCCUGAUGGGCACCGUGCCCCAGCUCCUUCACACAAUAGCAGCUGUGACCAUCCCCUCCUCCUCCUGGAACCAGGCAACAUGACCAGCUCUCCCUCUGUGCCCCUGGCAUCCCCUCAGCCUCCUGGCCAGGCUAGCCGUGAGGAGCACCGGGGUGCCACUGAGGAGCUGACAUCCAUCCCCAGUGACAAAGCCUCUUCUCCAGGCCGCCCAGCCUUCCUAGAAGAUGGCAGUCCGUCUCCAGUCCUUGCCUUUGCUGCCUCCCCCCGGCCCAAUCACAGCUAUGUCUUCAAACGGGAGCCCCCAGAAGGCUGUGAGAGAGUCCGUGUGUUUGAGGAGGCCACGUCCCCAGGUCCUGACCUGGCCUUCUUGACUUCCUGUCCUGACAAGAACAAAGUUCACUUCAACCCGACUGGCUCAGCCUUCUGCCCUGUCAGCUUGAUCAAACCUCUCUUCCCCAGCAUGGGCUUCAUCUUCCGGAACUGCCCCUCCAGCCCUGGCUCUCCUCUUCCCCCUGCCAGCCCCAGGGCACCACCUCGGAAGGAUCCAGAAGCUUCCAAGGCCUCCUCACUGCCAUUUGAGCCAUGGCAGCGCACCCCACCAUCAGAAGAGUCCGUGCUUUUCCAGAGCUCCUUGGUAGUCUGAGCCCCACCCCACUCCUUACACACACUCUUACCAUGGAGACUAGUGCCUUGGUGGCAAGCUCCUCAUUAGCUUCCCAAGCUGGGGGAUCGAGGAGCCCUUCCCUCUAGGCCUUUGAGCACUUUCAUUUAUUGUGUCAAAGCUCCAGGUCCUUUGGACGUCAGCCCCUCCAAAAGGGAGGAGGCUUACCUUCUCCACUAGCAGCUAGGCAGCUCACAACUUACACUUGUGUACCUGCGGCUUCCCUCACUUGCUAGAAGGUCUCGAGUCUUCUAGCCCAGGGUGUGAGUUCCAAUGACUUAUAGGAGGCUCUUGUUAUGGAACAAGUUGGCUGUGAAUGAGAGAGGGGAGAUGCCACAGACUUCCUUACAGCCCCACCUCUAGAGACAGAGGAAAGCAGACCAGAUGCCUUCCUCCUAGAGGAGCUGACCAAAGUGGUCCUCAGGGCCAGAACACUUGACCAAUUCAGCUGUUGGCAGGGGGACCACGAGAUUUCCCAAGUGGCAUUUUCAUCUCACUUUUACCCUGACUAAAGAUUGUCUUAAGCAGCAUCCCAGCCCAAAGUGGAUAGUGGGAAGAGGGAGAGCUGGCACUCCUCCAGGUGGCAUGUAGUGGCUCCAUACCCUCCACCUGCCCCAGGGUUGGGUUGGAUUAGAAAAAUGCCUAUUUUUCUUGUAUCGAUGUAGAAACUCUAUUUUCUCCCAAAGACACUAUUUUUGCAACUAUUUGAAGUUUGUAUAUUUUCCAUACUGCAGAGCUUACACAAAAUUGAAGAAUGUUAAUGUUCGAGUUUUCUUAUCUUGUGUUUAGAGGUUGUUUUUUGCAGAUCUUGAUGUUAAUAGACCAAAUAAAUAAGUAUUCCAGCA